AUGAAAAGAAGCUACAGGAGUUCUGCUACUGCAGUAGACUGGAAACGACUCUACGUUUCUCGACAUCUUAUUGAUCGCAGGACAUGCUAUCUUCUUAACAGUAUUCUUGCCGGGCAAACUGGACGAAUCAAGAAAUUUCGAACCAUCAUUGGUCUUGGAUAUGACAUCAAGGAUACUCUACUACGCCAUAUUUCCGCAGGAUCAGACACAGAGGACUAUUUGGCCAGAAGGUAUUACGCAGGAGCGCUGCUGACCUGUCUCUAUCGGAGCAUUGCGGUCCAAGAAUGGAUCAAACUCAGAAAUGGGGAACCUGUGUCCCUGGAAAGGGCUUUGGGUGCGUUUGAUCUUUUCAUCCCAGAGAGUAGUUUCGGGAAUCUGGAUGAA